GACUACGAACAGAGCUUUUCCUGUUUUCUUUUAGCGGGAUAAAUUAACUUCUUAUUCCUUUAUUUAAUCCAUAAAGUGGUUAGAUCGGACUUUAUUCUGCUUGGAAAGCAUCAGGCAUGUCGCUUCAUAUAGAAACAGACUUGCCAUCUAGCUUGGCACCUCUCAAAAACCUUGAGACUCUUUUGCAAUGCCCCAUCUGCUUUGACUUUCUAAAUAUUACAAUGAUGACAAAAUGCUCUCACAACUUUUGUUCACUGUGCAUCAGAAAAUUUCUUUCAUACAAAUUGCAAUGUCCAGUUUGCAACAUGGAAACAACAGAACAAGAUUUGAGAAACAAUCGUUUAUUGGAUGAUUUGGUCUCAAACUUUCAGGCUGCAAGGCAGCAGUUGUCAAAAGCCACGUUUGAGUCUCCUCCGAAGACGCCCAGUACUCCAGCUGUGUCUGUCAGAUACAAAACUCCCAGAGAGAAGACCCCGAAGAGCAGCAAUGCUGUUUUGAGCCAGUAUUUCCAAAAGAAGCCCAAAGCAUCUCUUAUAGAAUCCAAGCAAGAUGGUCCCGCCAGUCAGUUGAUCAAAGAAGAGCCAAUGGAUGUGGAGCUGCCAUCUGUCCCAGUCCCAGUAGCAGUUAAACAAGAAGAGAUACACUUACCAUCCAUUUACAUGGGAGAUGAAUCAGCUCAUUCUUCAUCUCUGCCUAAAGAUGUGAAACCUGUAAUCAAAGUGGACUGUCCUGUAUGCUCAAUAAGUGUGGCACAGAAUUUCAUCAACAAGCAUCUGGACAUGUGUCUGUCAAGUGGAGAGAAGAAGGAGAGCUUAAGAAGUUCUCUUGGAAAGUCAAGGCGUCCAAUGGCAAAACUGGUGUACAACCUGCUCUCUAUGCAGGAGCUGAAGAGGCGCCUCAAAGACUGCCACCUGUCAGCGCAGGGGACCCGAGAACAGCUCAUCAAGAGACACCAGGAGUUUAUCCAUAUCUACAACGCACAGUGUGACUCGCUCAACCCUAAGUCAGUGGAAGACAUUGCCAAAGAAGUGGAGGCCAAUGAGAAGAUGCGGGUUAAACUGAAGGAGAAAGCCAAGCCUGUAAUGGUUUUCUCCAAGGACCUGUCUGAGAAAGAUAUUGAUGACAUGCAUUCAAGUUAUAGGAAGCAGCACAGCAGGGACUUCUCGCGUCUCAUCGCCCAGGUCCGAGGACGCCUGCAGACCACCAAGCCAGCAGGGGUCACCGCAGGGCGAGAGGAGGUGCACACGCCCACCCCAGCCUCAAAGAGCAAUGUAAUCGACUUAAGAGACAAUACUUCUGAUGAGGAGCUGUGUUCAAGAGAUCUCUUGUCAUCAAGUCCCACGAGCAGCGAAGUGUCCAUCAGCAGUUCCAUCUCCGACAUCUUUGGUCCAGAGCUGCCACAGAAAUCUGAGACUGUGGAAACUACACUGUCCAAAAUGGGAAAACGUCUCCGUAAACCUCGACUAAAGACUGAAAGAAAGACAUAAUCAGUGCUCACCAAAGCAUGAGGCUUCACCUGGCACUGUCAAAGUUUGGAUAUUUGCACACCUAUCUUGUUUUAGAGGCUUCUAUUGAAGUUGUAAAUUUAUUUAGUUUAUUCAAAAUAAUGCAAUACAAGCUGCUUAUCUCAGUAUUUUUUUGCCUUGAGAAGUACUUCUCAAAAUGGUCUUAUGUUUGAACUACUGUCAAUGCAUGUUUUUAAUUAAGCCGAAAUACUUUCCUGAAAAACAUUUCCUUUUGUCUUACAAUUUAAUGAUGUAUAACUGUUUGUCUAAAUUAUUGUUAUUUUAGAUAAUGUUAGUUAAAGUUAUUUCAUUUUCUCUUUGAAUAAAUAUAUUUUAAGAAGUUA